CUCAACAUGCAUCACCUGGAGCUUCUGGUUCACUUCUCCUUCGCCAUCUACGUUCCAGAACUUGAAGAAGACCAUGAUGCGACCAAGCUGGUUUUAGAAGCAGCUCUCAAUGCCGAGUACUUAAUGCUGGAGGUGCUGGCAUUAUCAGCGCGGCACCUGUCGACAAUCCGUCCAGACAAGCCAGCCUGGUAUCUUGACCUGGCCUUUGAGUUGCAAACGAAGGCCAUCCAACUAUUCAACACGAAUGCUGCUCAAGAUGAAUCUGUGCAAAAGCUUCUAUUCUCGUCUAUUCUUGGCCGCCACAUUCUCGUCGAUACGCUUGUCAGCCGCGAUCUUGAGUUUGACCAGUUUCUCGACCGCUUCAUACAAGGCAUGCGCGUCCAUCGUGGUACAAAGGCAGUAACGACGGCCUAUGGGUGGGAGCCCCUUCUUAACUCCAAGAUUGGCUCUCUGAUAACAAAGGGCAUCGAUCCUCUCGGGUUCCACAACCCGAUUUCCCUCCGCCCACACUUUGAGUCACUAAUAUCACAGGCGACUGGACUUGACGCAGAUGGCAAGCUCGCCUGCGAUAAAGCACUCCGGAUGAUAGAGGGCGCUUUAGAUGACCUCGAGUCCCCGGAGAGAAAGACAUUCGGCCUUCGGAUGAUAUUCGUCUGGCCAAUUUUACUACCAGAAGGAUUUAUCCGCCUUCUAGAGCAUCGUGCUCCUGAAGCGAUCGCCAUACUGGGUCGCUAUGCUAUUUUGUUAAAAGCUGGAAGAACGCUCUGGCAGAUAAAGGACGCAGGAGAAUAUCUGUUCAAUCUAGUUCUUGUAUUCCUGGGUCAUGGUUGGGAAAUGUGGUUGUGA